UCAUUGCUGGUGAUUGACUACACUCGGUUCGAGGCACAAGACUGGAGACGUUUCUUAUUUUCUUUGUGUGGUCGCUACCACUGAGUCGCUGAACAACCGACGUAACUCAGUGCAGCGCCGCUCACCAUCAAAAUUGGACAAAACAGAGAAGAAAAGUGCGAUAAGUGUCUCUCAGACGUAAAGUGUUAACAUCUUGCUCGAAUCAAAUUCAGUUCUUGAGAGUUUUGUGAGGAAUUAGUCAAUUGUUUCCACGCGAGGGUUAAUCGCCCACUUUUAAUACAGUUGCUAGUGCUAACUCGAUUGAAGAGUAUGCUAAACUAAACGUUAUUAUAGUUAUGCUGCCACCAGCUUAGUGUGCUGCAGUCAUUUGCUGCCGUUAAAAUAUGUAUUAUUUCUGUUGUAUUGUGUUUGUCUCAUUUUUCAUUUAUUUCCCGUUGCCAGGCAUAAGAAAUGGAUGUCAGAUGAAAAUAUGUUGGUGAUUUUAAAUAAUCAAAUGUAUAGUACAUUAACACUUUUUUUGAGAGCUAAUAAUGUUAUCACGAUACAGUUUUGUAUGUGUUUUUGUGUGCAGGACAGUGAAGGAGAUGCUUGAGAAAAUCGCUGAGCUUUAUCACAAUCGGAGUCAGCUGAAACUUUUAAACUCUGAGAUGAGUCACUUACUCGAUGCAGCAGAUGACGAGAUGACCUUGCUCCGGUCCGAAAAUGACGGGUUUAGAAGACAAGUGAAAGCGUUGGAGCAGAUUGUCGUAGAUGGUCAGCACGUGGAAGCACAGCUUUGCAGCUCAUCACUGCGGGAUGACCUUGACGUGAAACAGUCCACUGAAAUUACGCUACAAGUACUGGAGGAGGAAUGCAAUGCGAUGAAGGAACGAAAUAAGAAACUGAUUGCAGAGGUUCAGAUGCUCCAGCAGCAAAGAGAACAGGACAAGAUGAGCUUGAGCAAGUUCAGCGCUGCCCUGAAAAACAUUGAGUUUAGAACAGAAGAAGCUCAGCUAGAACUUCAGCAAAGGGAUGAGGUCAUUCAACAGAGUAAGUUGCAAUUAAAGCAAGCAGAGGAAACAGUAGAGGAGUAUACCAACGUCAUAAAGGAGCUCAGACGGGCAAACCAGGAGCUGCGGAGUCACUUAGAGGACAGAGAGGAUGAGGCCUCGCUAGUCACUCUCGGUGAUUUGAUGGAGGAAAAGAAGGCAUCGCACGUUCCUGGCAUGUCUUUCGCAGAGGAACUCAAGCUCCUAGCCAGCCAAAAUGAAAUUAAAAGCAUGAUGGCACCCUCCAUGGAUUCCAGUCAAGAAGAAACUGAUGCCACAGAACCAACCAGUGCUCCCGUCCUGUCCCAACAAACAAACAGGUACACAAAGGUCAAGGAACCAUCCACCCACAAGGUGUUUGUGCUCUGCCUGGCCAUCAUCAUCAUUUUGGUCAUCGUGGCUGCAGGAAAUCAUGCAAGAUAUUUUGACUUUCCUCCAAUCCAUAACCUUUGGAGGAGCGUGCACCUGAUUUUACAGCCCUACUUUAGUGUGCACUAUGGAGCCUUACCUCCUGUGUGAUCCAAGCAAUUCUUAUUGUUGUGUACCUUGGAUCAUGUUGUUUUUUGUUUUUCGGGGCGGGGGGGGUGAUCCUGGUAUCUUGCUGAUCUAUUUAAAUUGAACAGCUGUUGUAUAACACCAGGAUGUAAUGCAGAUUUCUUUCCAUCUGAAACAUUUAUUUGCAAUAUGGUCACAUUUGUUUGUUAUUGUGGUAGUGCAUUGGUGAGAUAUUUCUGCUUUUUCGAAUUCAUAAAAAGAAAA